CUGCUACUGAUCGUGGAAAAUAAAUUUCAAAAACAUAAAUAAUUUUGCAAACUUUUGGCAAAGAGACAAAGUUGACGCUGUGUGCCUUUUAUAGGCGGUGUUCUAUCAUUUUUACUUGUAUCAGAUUGGAUUGUGAUGGUGACCGAGUAAGAAAUUGCGAAUCGUCGAAAGAAAAAUGGCCUGCAUUUUGCGUUCGUCGCGUGUGACGAUCAGUGGAAGAGGGCUGCUUCAUCCCGGUGGUAAAACUCAUCCCCCUGUCAGACUGAUUUCUACCAAGCUUGUGAAAGUUGAAGAUUCGUCAAAGCCACCUCCAUGGCCUUACGAAACGAAGAAGUACCGAUGGUAUCACAGCAUCUUAAACAUCGAUAAUACGUUUUGGAGAUUUGACGAGAAUACCAAGGUGAUUUUUAUCGAGGGGAACAUCGGAGCAGGGAAGACAACAUUGGCGCAGAACUUGGCUGAUCAGCUGGGCAUGAAGUAUUUCCCCGAAGCAUCAUUGGAAAAGGACGUCUAUCCCUAUUUGUUCUCGUAUAACUUGAAGGAUUAUAAUGAUCGGCUGCAAGGAACAGCCAAGCAUUUCGAUGUCGAGGACUUCUACAAAGAUCCCAAAAACUGGAAGGUUGCAGAAUUCCAGUUUAUGAAAUAUAUUGCAAGAUGCAAUCAGUACAAUGUGGCCCUACUACACCUUUUUAGCACAGGCCAAGGAGUCAUUCUAGAACGGUCCUGUUUCAGCGAUUUUGUCUUUGUUGAUGCAAUGACAAAGAUGGGUUACAUGUCGCGUCCAGCGCGAAGGCAUUAUUACGAUGUGAAAACUAAUACCAUUAUGGACUACAUGCGGCCACAUUGCGUCAUUUACCUGGACGCUCCGGUGGAUGUUUGUUAUGAUCGCGUCAUGAAGAGGAACAUCCCUUAUGAAGUCAAUUCUCCGGCUAUGAAUAAGGAAUAUUUAAAGGAAAUUGAACGUGGUUACAAAAAUCAUUACUUGAAACAAAUGGAACCGUACGUGGAGAUGAUCGUUUAUGACUGGACAAAACCAGCUGAUGCAGACAUUGUCGCUGAGGAUUUGGAAAAGAUUGAUUUUGACAAAGAUCGUGUGUAUUUUGAUCCGAAAUUUCGCGACUGGAGAAACCAGACACUGCAUUCUGAAUGGGAUGAACUUCGUAUAAAAUAUACAAACUGGGACACCGAAGACCGAUGGAAUCACUUUUUACCUCCCGAUCGCCAUGGCGCAGUAGAACUGUAUGUUACACCAGAUGAUAACUUUGAGUGGGAACAACUCGAAAAAGAGAUCGAAGCCAAACAGAGCAAGUACUAUCGAAGACCGGACGACUGGUGGGGCCGAUUCAAGCAGAUAUUUGCUUUCUAAUGUGUGGUUGACUUGUGCUGUACAGAAAAAUUUCAGGAUGUUCUCGAUUCGUUAUCUUGCUGCCGUGUAAUAAGAUUAUGCUUAUGCGUAGGAAUUUGAAAUUCGGUGCCGAAUUCCGUUGAUUCUACUAGAUUAACAAAAUCUUUAAUACCAUUUUAACACAUAUUAAUAAUAUUUUCUGUUUUCACAGUUAACACAAUCGACAAAAGUAUCCAUCACAUUU